UUCUAUUGAGGCUUAAAGAAGCCAUCAUACUUUCACGUCGUUUUAAAAAAAAAGCACAAGCUGCAUUUGAGAAGAGUACGCUCUUUACGUAAGGAAGAUUGGUAAACGUCGAGUGUGGAUCAUCGAAAGGUAAAUGCCGUCGGGAAGAUAGCAGUUUAUUGAAAAUGUGGCAAAUCUGGGGACGCUCGGUAUCGCAACCGCGUUCGAAUUGUGUGACUUCGAACCUACUCGUCGUGUUGUGUUUAUUUGCGAUCUUUGCAGCUAUAUCAGGCCAAGAUUCAUGUAGUACUGGACCUUGUUAUCCUACUCCCUCGGAUAUUUCGACGUAUUUCAAUGUUACGGCGAACUCAACUUGCGGCGAAUCGCCAGAGCCAUACUGCAUUAACUUGGAUUGCAGUAAAAUUUGCAAUGCGAACGACCCGAAUCUUACACAUCCUGCCAGUUUUGUUAAUGACGAUUUUAGAGAUAACACAUUCUGGAAGUCUAAGAACUACGAGUUUCCUGUUUUUCUACAACUGGAAGUUCGAAGAACUUUCAUGCUUUAUCAAUCUGUGGUUACUUUUUCCCACGAAUUACCGGCUGCGAUGUACCUUUUGAAGUCAAAUGACUCUGGAAGAACAUGGAGUCCUCUGUCCUACUUUGCAACGAACUGUACAAAGUAUUUUAAUCUACCAGAAACGCCAGAAAACGAAAUAGAGGGUUUGAAAGUUCAAUGUUUCAAAAUAGACACCGCUUCAAAUCUCAACAAGCAGCUCUUUUAUACUCCAAUGAAGGACCCAGCUGCAGCACAGGACCUUCUCACUGAUACAGAGAAACAGGCCUUCUUUCUUAUGACCGAUAUAAAAAUGGUUCUAGUGAAGUUUAUAAUUCCUGGUGGGGUUGACACAGAAUUAUUAUCAGAUAGUCUCAAGAGAAGCUUCUUUUUCACUGUGUCAGACUGGGAUGUAUUAGCAUCUUGCUUCUGCAAUGGCCAGGCAUCACAGUGUGAUAAAGAUGACUUAUCCAAAUGUAUAUGUGAAAGUAAUACCGAUGGUCUAAACUGUGAAAAGUGUUUACCACUCUAUAAUAACAAACCUUACCAGAUACGAGAAGCUUGUGAAGCAUGUGAAUGUAACAGGCAUGCUGACAGCUGCUCAUACAAUGAAACCAAAAGAUAUGGAGUUUGUAAUGAUUGCAAGCACAACACAACAGGGGAUAAGUGUGAGCUCUGCAUGGAGACCUUCUACAGAAACCCAGCUGUUUCACAGAAUGCCUCCAAUACUUGUCUGGCCUGUGCAUGUCAUGUACCUGGUGUAAACAGUUCAGCUGACAGCUCACGAUGUGACAGUGAUACUGGUCAGUGUGCUUGUAAGAGUCUUGUGACAGGAAGGGCCUGUGAUAUGUGCCGUGAUACUUACUGGAAACUAACUGCAGACAAUGACGCAGGCUGUGAAGAAUGUCACUGCAAUUUAACUGGAACAGAGAAUGGUUCUGAUGUGUGCGACAAGAUAACUGGUCAGUGCCCCUGCAAACAGCUACUCAUAGGAAGGACAUGUAACCAGUGCCAAGAUGGGUACUUUGGAUUGACUUCUGAAGAUCCUGGUUGUACUGCAUGCAACUGUGACAUGGCUGGCUCAGUGAAUACCUCAUGUUCUUCAUCCGGGAAAUGUUACUGCCGCCCUAAGUUCUCUGGGGAUAAAUGUGAAAAGAUUGAUGAGGGCUUCUUUGUACCUAGUGUACAUUUUAUGACAUUUCAAGCUGAGGAUGCCACACCCAUAACUCCACAAACAAAAAGGAUCAGUCAUGAGGAAAUUGAUAAUGCAGCUGGAAACAAAGUUCUUAUGGUUGGUGUGGUAUUAAAUGAGGGAAUGAAUAAUUCCUCGCCAACUGAGCUGGAGUUCACUGUCAACAUUCCCAAAACAGGAUUCUUUAAUUUUGUCCUACGUUACAAGACUGGUUAUAACUGGAAUUUGGUCAAGAUAACUGCUUUGCUGCGGACAGCCUUUGUGCCCUUCACAUGUAACAACAUUGAUCAAAUCACCAAGAAUGAGCCUCUUAUCCUCACUGGGAGAGUGUUAUCUGGAAUGGAUGCUCAUGAUUAUGGAAGUCAGUGUUUAUUAGCUGGUCAGUACAGUGUGAAGCUUCAAAUUCCUGCAGGGAGUGCUCAACAAGGUGUUCUAGUCACUAGAAGGAGAAGGAGGGCAUUGCCUAAUGCAGAAAUCACUGUUGACUCUGUUUUAGUCAUGCCCACUGUUACGGAGUAUGAUGUCUUCAAGGAAGCAUCUGCUGAAGUUCAACAAAACAUGACAUUUUACUACAAUGUAUCGUCAUCCUUGAAAACCUGGUCAGCUGACUCUGAGGAAGGAAGUCAGGCUCUUGCACCAGUGUUUGGAAGCAUUUUUGGAGAGGGCAAAGCAUGUAACUGUAGCUCUGUGGGAUCAAACAACCCUGAUGAAUGUGAUAGAUAUAGUGGACAGUGUUCCUGCAAGCCUAAUGUGAUUGGUCGCACUUGUGAUCAGUGUAGGCCAGACUAUUUUAACUUCACCUCUGGUCAAGGUUGCCAAGAUUGUGACUGUAACAGAAUUGGUGCCAAUGAAACAUCAUGCCAUCCUGAAACAGGACAGUGUUCCUGCAUGAAGAAUGUAAUAGGCCAACAUUGUGAGCAAUGUGAAACAAACUACUAUAACUUUAACAGUGGGGCAGGCUGCUCUUCCUGCAACUGCAAUCCCACCUACUCCACCAGUCUGCAGUGUGAUGGUAACACUGGUGUUUGCAGCUGUAAGCCUGGUGUUAAUGGAGCAAAAUGUACAGGAUGUGCUGAUCAGUUUUACAAUUUGACAGACCAAGGUUGUAUAUCCUGUGAGUGUAACCUUGCAGGAAGUGCCAGCCCUGUUUGUAACAAGACUACAGGCCAUUGUCCCUGUAAGGCCCAGUCUCUAGGCCGUCAGUGUGACAUGUGCCCAGCUGGUUAUUAUGGUUUAAGUGUCCAGAAUCCUCAAGGUUGUUUGAAGUGUCAGUGUUCAAAUAAAUCAUCUGACUGUGUUACUGACCCAGGAUGGUUUGCGUCAAAUGUUAACACAAGUCUGUCAGUGUUUCAUGACAGCAGUGAUUUGGAUGGUUGGACUGCUGUAGACAGUGCAGGGAACCAGGUCACUUUACUCCUGGACUGGGAUGUCAGAAUAAACAUUAAAAAGGGGUCCAUGAAAGUUGACACUCAAGGUUCAAAUGAUAUCUAUUUUGUUGCUCCUGACAAGUACCUGGGGGACAAGAGAUCUGCAUAUACAUAUACAUUGUCAUUCCAUUUACAACAGGACAAUGCAUCUAGCCCUGCGACAUCCUCUAAGGGUGAUGUAAUCCUUGAGGGUAAGUGGUUUGAUGAACCACUUGUCUCAAGCCUUGCCACUGCUCCACCAGAUGGAGGCAAUUUUAGGAAAUAUGAGGUAAAACUUGUCCAGAGCAAUUGGAGAGUAGGAAACACCUCUGGGCGGCAACCGUCAAGCUAUGAAAUGAUUGUUGUAUUAAGUAAUUUGACGUCACUACGUAUCAGAGCUAAGUGGACAACCCGGACAACGAAGCUGAUUACCCGUUUGGCUGAUAUUGAACUGACUCUGAGUAGCAGGGGCAAUGUUAUUCCUGGUAUGGAGAGUGCAUUUAACAUUGAGAAUUGUACAUGCCCCGUGGAGUACAGAGGACAGUUUUGUGAACAAUGCGCUUGUGGUUACACACGUGUCACGCCAAAUGGAGGACCUUACGUGACCUGUGUACCGUGCGAGUGUAACGGACACUCGGACGAGUGCGACCCUGAGACUGGAGUGUGUCUGGACUGUAAACAUAAUACCACAGGCGAUCAUUGUGAAAAGUGUUCGGAUGGUUGGUAUGGCAACGCCACAAAUGCCACACCUAACGACUGCAGCCCGUGCCCAUGCCCCAGCAGACCAAAUGCUGUCAAUCAGUUCGCUAAGACCUGUGUACUUUCAAGUGACGGUCUACCAACCUGUGUGAACUGCACUGUGGGUCACGAGGGACGGUAUUGUGAACGAUGUAUGGACGGUUACUUUGGGCGGCCAAGGGAACAGGAUGGGCAAUGUCGCAAGUGUAACUGCAACAACAACACAGAUCCAGCAGUUACCGGUAACUGUAACACCACAACAGGCGAAUGCCUUAAGUGUCUUUACAAUACUUCAGGGUCCAACUGCCAGUGGUGUGCGCCGGGAUACCAUGGAAAUGCAUUGGACAAAAAUUGCACACGUUGCAACUGUUCAACUGUUGGUGCACUGAAUAACGAAUGUAACAACAUGACUGGUUCGUGUUACUGUCAACCUCAUGUGACGGGAAAGUUGUGUGAUAGAUGUGAAGUGAACGCUUUCAAUUAUACAGAAUAUGGUUGUUCGCCUUGUAACUGUGACGUUGACGGCUCACGUACACUUCAGUGUGACUCGAGCUACGGGAACUGCACCUGUAGACCAAAUGUGAUUGGUGAAAAGUGUGACAAGUGCAAGGAUCACUUCUUUGAUGUAAAGCAGCAUUGUUUAGCGUGUAACUGUACAGCAAACCAAACUAUGGCUAAUACUACCUGUGAUAGGGUCAGUGGUCAGUGUGAUUGCGAAACUAGUGAAGCAGGAGGUCUCUAAGGGGGCAGGCAGUGCGAUACGUGUGCUAGGAAAACUGUGGGGACCCCUCCCACGUGUCAUCCGUGCACCGAGGACUGCUACUUGAAUUGGGAAAACAGCAUAUCCAGAGAAACUGUCAGAGUCAAAGAG